AUGGCGUCACUCGAAGCUGCCAUUGACGAAGAGAUGAGGGAGGUGAACAAGCUCCUCGAGGGCAGCCAAAUUUCUGGACCGCGUCGUGCAGAGAGUCCAGUCGCACGCGCACAAAGUCCCGGCUCGGCUGCCUCGCCCUCGCGCAUGCGCAGCAUGCUAGACAUUGAUACUCCGGCGCAGCGCAGGAGCUCCAGCCGCGGAAGUACUGGCAUCCCCUUCGCCAUGCCCAAGUCACCGCGUCGAGUGAAUCCCGAGUCGGCUUACAAGUUCGAAAUGCUGCCCUCCAUCGACGCACACGCUAUGCCGAAGCGAGUGUCUCAAGGUGGCAAGCUGGAUGCCGCCGCGAAGCCUCGCGCCAUGUCUUCUGUAUACGGCAACUCCAGUGGCUUUCUAGGCAACUCAAACUCAAGGGAUAGACACAACUCUGCGAGUGGGCCCUUGAGCAGGUCCAAGUCUGGUUCACCUGGCCCUGGUCGGUCUGCUUCUCCAGCAACGCGCAUGCUGAACCCGACGCAGCCCGCCUCGAAACUGAACAAUACCUUCGUGACAGACUCGGGCAAGAGUAUAGACAUGGACCAAGCAUAUCGCAAACUUUCCGACUCCGCUCUGGCACGCUCCGAGGGUGGCUUGUCUUCGCUUCCCAAUCGUAAAGGCGUUGAUCCUGUCAAGGGCACUGCCACCGCGCCAGGCGGGGGUGUGCGUCUUGCGACAGACGACGACGGUGAUGACAGUGCUGCUGUUGAGAGCAGCGACAACGCUUCAGACAGCUCAGAUUGGGAUGAUGGCUGGAAAAAGACGAAGCCAAAAGAGCGAGGUAGACAGCGGUCAAGGAAGUCGUCUGGAGGUACCGACAGCAUGGGCAGAGAAGUCAUCACCGCUAAGAGUCUGCUGGCUGCUGCUGAGCAAGAGCGUCGAGAAGUUGCAGUUUCCUACAAAGUGCGAUCACUACUCGACCCACAAAUCAACGUCACUGGCCCGAACGGCGAGAGGAUGACAAGGAAGAACUCAUCAGGGGUGGUACAUCCCCAUACAAGUUUCGACCAGGGCGGUUCAGGUCUCUCGACCCCGGUUCAUUCAGAUCACGAGGAUGAGCUUGCCGAGAUCAAAUCAGCUCAGCAGCUUUCUUUGAACAUUUCGCCUAUCCAAUCAAGCCCAGAAGCCCACCGCUGUGUUCGACAAAUUAUCAGGGGUGACUAUGUUCAAUUUGCCGAAGAUGCGAAGAACGGGUUGAGAAGACAGCGUGUAUACCUGGUGUCUACCGAUCUUAGCGACGAAGCAGCAUAUGCUCUGGAGUGGACAAUCGGCACCGUUUUGCGAGAUGGCGAUACACUCCUAGCAGUUUACGCCGUCGACGAGGAAACGGGAGUUGCAACGACUGAUGCUUCUGGUGCACCCAUCAGUCAAGGCACUACUGGACGACUGGAGUCAGAUCAUCUCAAAAGGACGCUGUCGAACCACGACGGGUUGCCAACAGCAAGGCCUGGGUUCUCUGCCUUGUCCAGCUCUAUAAUGGCGACGGAAGCCAAUGUGGGUGCCAUGGGAAAGGCAGAGAAAGACAGGUACCAGGCAUGUGUCGAGGUGUCUGACCGCUGCGUCAAGCUUUUGAGGAAGACGCGACUACAAGUACGAGCUGUUGUCGAAGUGUUCCACUGCAAGAGUCCAAAGCAUAUGAUAACUGAAGUGAUCGAUUUCUUGGAACCCACCCUUGUAAUCCUUGGCUCACGAGGCCGCAACGCGCUGAAAGGUGUUCUUCUCGGAUCUUUCAGCAACUACCUGGUAACCAAAUCAUCGGUACCAGUCAUGGUUGCGCGGAAACGACUCCGGAAACACAGCAAAUACAAACGGCAAAACGUCCGCAUGUCCAACGUCAUCGCAGGCUCCAAUGACAGGCUCGCAAAUGCAAAGAUCGAUUAA